AGGGAAGGGAAGGGGAGUUGUACUGGAGGGGGCCGGACUUUCUUUCAGCAACUUCGCCGCGACAACUCUCUUUUCUUCGUCCUCCUCCUCAGCUCCGCCGUAAAGCCUCCUGACAACAGCACCGCCACCUCCGGUUCGGGCGUUAGCUGGAUAGAUAUAUAUAUAUAUACAUAUAUAUAUAUAUAUCUAUAUAUAUAUAUAUAUAUAUAUAUAUAUACUUCAACGAGUUUUUGGAUCCACGCGGAGGCUCGAAUGUUUGUCUUCCAAGAUGGAAUCAGCGCCCAUUAAGGACACCAUAAAGAUAUAAAGAGGGGCGGUCCAGCAUAUUUUAUCCGGCGACAGAGAUUCCUGUGUGUUGUGCGUCACCUCGUUUCUCAUGGACCUCAGGGUGGGAGAGCGGGGGAUGCGCCCUGGCUCCGACACGGCACUCCUCACACCCCUGCACCCGCCGUUGCUUCUCAGCCCAUUCUCCUCGCAGACCCGCACCUCCUUCUCCCAACAGCAGCUUCAACAGCACAUACGGUUCAAUAUGGAGCAGCGGCGACGUGAACAGGAACACAAUGAGAAGCAACAAGAAUUGCAGCAGCUCAAAAACAAGGACAAGAGUCAACAAAGUGCAGUGGCCAGUUCGCUGGUUAAACAGAAACUCCAGGAGGUCAUCUUGAAGAAGCAGAAGCAGGCGGCACUAGAAAGAACAAGCGCCAACACUUUGACUCCUACGCCAGUGGCAUACAGAAAACUGGGCCCGGACCAGAGUAUUUCCUCCCAACCUCUGGUCUCGUCUCCCUCGCUGCCUCCUUCUGAGGGUUCAGAAGGGACGCGUCUGCGCAGAGCAGCAUCUGAGCCCAACCUAAAAGUGAAGCACAAGCUGAAGAAACAUCUCAACACCCGCCAGAGCCCGCUCACCCGCAAAGAGAGCGCGCCACCCACCAUUAGACACAGAGUACCUGAUACACUGGCAGACUCCUCGCCCAGCAGUAGCAGCACUCCGGUCUCGGGCUGUAGUUCCCCCAAUGACAGUCUUCCCAGUGAAAACGGGCUAGUGCCAUCUGCAGGCGGCCUCUCACAUGAGGCACAAAAGCUGCUGCUCAGAGAUGGCACUCUGGCAAACUUCACCAUCCAGAGUCCUUCCACUCUGCCUACCAUCACGCUGGGACUACCGGCCAAUGCCAGGGUUGAAGGUGAGCUGUCCCCGCUGAAGCUUGGUCGAGGGCCCCUGGUCGCAGCCGGGGCCCCGCAGGUAUUUUUGCCCCUGAGCAGAGACGAUCAAGCGGGUCAGCUCAGCUCACGCCUUCCUGUUAUCAUCCUGGAACCGUCAGGACUGGUACACGCGCCACUACUCACUGCAGUUCCUGGACUCGACUCGGUCCCACUACAGUUUUCCCCUCAUUUGGACCAACUGUCUCCGGGGGGCGCUCAGGCCCACAAGCCCCUGAGCAGAACACGCUCAGAGCCCCUCCCGCAGAAUCCGCGGACCCUUCACUCACACCUCCUGCAACAGCACCACAACACACAACUACUGGAGCGAUUAAAACAGCAGACUCACCUUGGCAAGCUUAUGUCCAAGUCCAGCGAAAAGCCCAGACUGCAUCAGAUCCCUUCCGAGGACAUGGACUCAGAGGACGGCGGGGUAACGUCGCCAUCAGAGACGACCUUUCAGAGCAGAGCGAGGGCAGAUUCUCUGAGGGAGGCGGAGCCAACUACAUCCAGUAACCAAGAGCAAAUCAACCUGCAACAUGCACUCAUACUCAACCAGUCAUUACUGUGGGAGCAGCAGAAGCAGCUGCAGCAGUUGCAUCGACAGAUGGAGACGCUGGCGGUACCGAUGCUGCGUAGUGGUGGAGGCGGUGCGGUCUGUGGCGCGUUGGCUGUGCAUCGGCCCUUGUCACGUACACAGUCCUCCCCAGCCUCCACGUCUCUCACUCUGCCUGAAAAACCUCUGAGCCUGACCGGGCAGGAGGCCAGCAGCAACUCCCGCUUCACCACUGGACUGGUGUAUGAUUCACAGAUGCUGAAGCACCAGUGUGCCUGUGGAGACAACAGCAGUCACCCAGAGCAUGCUGGGAGAAUACAAAGCAUCUGGUCCCGCCUACAGGAGAGAGGCCUGAGGGGGCAGUGUGAGAGCAUUCGUGGUCGUAAGGCAACUUUGGAAGAGCUGCAGUCCGUCCAUACAGAGCGCCAUGUUUUGCUCUAUGGCACCAACCCGCUCAACAGGCUCAAACUGGACAACCGCAAACUGGCAGGUAUCCUCUCCCAAAGGAUGUUUGUCAUGUUACCGUGCGGAGGCGUUGGGGUUGACAACGACACCAUCUGGAACGAGUCGCACACGUCCACAGCGUCACGCAUGGCCGCUGGCAGUGUUGUCGAGCUGGCUGUCAGAGUCGCCAAGGGUGAGCUCAAGAACGGCUUUGCUGUGGUCAGACCACCAGGGCACCAUGCAGAUCCGUCCAACCCAAUGGGUUUCUGCUACUUUAAUUCCGUGGCAAUCGCUGCCAAACAGCUCCAACAGAAGCUCAGUGUCAGCAAAAUUCUCAUUGUUGAUUGGGACGUUCACCAUGGUAACGGGACCCAGGAAAUUUUUUACAGUGACCCAAGCGUCCUCUAUAUGUCGCUACAUCGCUAUGAUCAUGGCAACUUCUUUCCUGGCAGCGGCUCACCUGCUGAGGUCGGCUCUGGCGCUGGUGAGGGCUUCAACGUGAAUGUGGCAUGGACAGGUGGACUGGACCCUCCCAUGGGGGAUGCAGAGUACCUUGCUGCAUUCAGGACCGUGAUGAUGCCCAUCGCCCAAGAGUUUUCUCCAGACGUCGUUCUGGUCUCCGCCGGGUUUGACGCUGCCGAGGGCAACCCCGCACCUCUUGGAGGGUACAAGGUCUCUGCCAAAUGUUUUAGCUUUCUGACUCACCAGCUGAUGUCUCUAGCAGGGGGCCGUCUGGUUUUGUCCCUCGAGGGAGGUCAUGACCUCACAGCCAUUUGCGAUGCAUCUGAGGCCUGUGUCAGUGCGCUUCUUGGUGCACAGGACCCACUGUCAGAAGAGGUCCUGCUCCAGGAACCAAAUGCUAACGCUAUCCGCUCCCUGCAGACGGUCAUACAAAUUCAAAGUCAGUACUGGCAGAGUGUGAAGGCUUACAGCGGCUCCGUGGGUCUGUCCUACCUGGCCGCUCAGAGACGAGAUUGCGAGGAAACGGACGCCGUCAAUGCGCUGGCCUCGCUCUCCGUGGGAGUUCUUUCCAGCGAAAGGCUUCCAGAUGAACCAAUGGAACAUGACAGUGACUCCAUGUGACCAAACGCCUAACUCAACUCCCAUUCAGGAACCAGGCUGGCUCCACUUGUAGCACUGGAUUGCCAGCACUGCUCACGAGCAUGACAGUGGGCGGGGGCGAGUGUGUGUGUGUGGGGCGGGGGGGGGUACAACCUUCCAUCCAUCUGCCUUAUCGCCACAAAGACACGCAAACGUAGUAUAAGCACCUCAACGCUGAGAACCACUCAGCGGUAACCUUGUGAAACCUCACCAAAGAGCAAUACAAGAUGUUUUAUGAACUUGACUGACAAUGAAUUGUGCCUUUUGUACAGCACAACAGCUCUGUGAACACACACACACACACACACACACAUGCAUGCACACCAUUGAAAUGUUGCAGAUGAUGUCUUUCCUGCCUCAAGUUGGCCUUAAUGUUCGGACCAAGAACCGCAUCCUUUGAAUGUCUUUUGGAUUCUGCCCCAAAAUCCCUUUUUGAAGCACAUGGCAACCAAAUUGAAUGACUGACAUCAGGUCAAAGCAUGCACACGUGUAUACACACACACACACACACAAAUGAGAAAACGUGCGACAGUGGGAAAAAAUACAGAAGAUUUUGUGUUUUUUAUCGUGUCCCGAAUGCAGUUUGACCACUACGAGAGGAUGAAGACACAACUGCAAUUUUGUAGAAAGAAAAAGGGCAAAAGGUCCUUGUUGCUUGAUUGCACUGUUCAUUCCUUAAUGUGAAGCGUUUGAAAUUCCAAAGCUCGGGGGGGGGCAAAAACAAUACUCCAACUCUCUUAAAAGAUGUUUUUAUUUGUUUUUAACAUGUAACUGAAUGGUAUUUGCAUUUAUCUUUUAACUUACGACCUCCUAACUGCACCAUACUGUAUACACUAGUAUUGAAUAGUGUUUCUCAUUCCACCCAAGCGGACCAUUCAAAUAAGUAACAGUAAUCUUGAUGCACUUGAAUACAUCACCCAAGUAGAACUGCCUGAAAAUACCCUGCUUUUGGAAAUAAGGGCUUCAAUAGCAACACGAUAGGGACCGUAAUGUACACGAGGGAUGACCUUUCCCACACUGGUGAGAAUUAAGUAUUUAUGAAAUAUUAUUUUAAUGGGACAAGAGCUUCUCUCUCUGGUUGUGUUUGGGGCAGAUGAUAGCUCAACAGUGCCUCUGCUGGUUGUCGUGUUACACUCCAUUUUAGCCUCAUAUGCGUCAAGAACUGAGUGUUUCUCAAUCGCAGAAUUGUUAACGACCAAUUCAUGGAUUAAUUUGACCAUGCAGAAUGUAUACUGUUCUUAUAAGCAUUUAAACCUGUGGAUUGGGUGAGGAACACAUUCAAAGACUGAUGUCCAUAUUCAUACUUUAGUCCUCAAUUGAGUCUUAAUUUAAGGAACUAACUAACACAAGUCUUAUGUUGUUUUUUUUUUUUUUAAAUGUAGCUCAGCUCAGGCUCAGAGAAGAAUUUAGUAAUAUUGUAUACAACAAGUAAUGCACUGUAAUUAGUAGCAAUUGGACAUGUUUUUUUUAAUGCAUGUUUUGAAAAUCUAUGUCUUAAUCCUCUAGCGAGUCUAACCACACUAGCCGCCAUUACGAUGGCAGAAUGUUGUCUUUUGCGAAGAGAAUGGCCUCUUUGUCACAAGUUUUUUUUGUUUGUUUUUUGUUUUUUGCGACGUAGAGCGAAAGUGGGAAAACCCUGGUCAUGUUCUAUCACUUCAAAACUAAAAAAAAAAAAGAAUAAGUGUAAUAAUGUGACCUUUAACCUGUAUAACUCGAUUGAAAACAGACACAUCUUUGUGGAGACAAACAACAAUACACAAUAGGCUGGAUACCAAAGACUUAAGGGCAUAAUUUGACAUUAACAAAUGAUUUUGCCAGAGAAUACAGUAGUUGCAGUUAUGAACGUAAUGUGCGGAUCAACUUUUUGUGCAAUUUCUUACUAGAGUCUCAUCAGACGAUCCUGGUAAUUAUCAUUAACUCCUCUUACAGGGUUAUAGUAACACGCAAAAGGGCUCUGAACAACCCAAAAUAAGGAUUGUAUUGAAUUGUUUUGUUAGCAUUAAUAUUACGUAGAGUAGUUUGUUGUUGUUGUUUUGCCGAACACACGAGACGCUCCAAAACCAAUGAAUUUAAAUGUAAGGUAUGCAUCCAUAAUCGGUGUUUGUGAGUUUAUUGCUCAUGAUUUAUGCCACCUCUGGGGAUUUUUGGUUCAGUUAUUCACAAAAACGCCAAACACAAUAUGCACAAUGCAUUUAUUGCAUCAAAGAACCCGAUCUUAUAAUUGACUUUAAUCAAAUUUUUGUUCUAUAUAUCCAUCUUAAACAAUGAAUCUUUUGUAUUGUUUGUGACGCAUUUAAAGCUGGAUUCCAUGUAGGACUAGGCGUCCAAUUCUGAUUUAAUACCCUUACAGUAUCUGAUUUUUGUGACUGUCUAUUUCCAUGUACAUUUCAAGUGAUACGUAUCGAAAUAUGGCUUGUGUUUACACUGACGGAAGACAUGAAACAACCAAAUUCAACGUCAAUAGCUCCGCAGGCAUCGGCACCGAGCAGUGACAACACACAAGUGAACAACAAAAAUAUCAAACUUGCAUACCUUUUAAUUAAAAAAAAAAAAGAACAAAAAUGCAAUUGUGUGACUUGACUCAUGCAGUGUACAUCCAGCUGAGGAGCCUUUUUCCAAUCAGGGUUCUUUUCAGUCCUCUCUAAAUUUAUGAAAAAAAUAUAAUGCAAUGGCCAAACACGUUUAUUAUCAUACAAUAAAUUACGAGCAUUUGUUGGUUCAGUUUCUCUGAAGUUGUAUUUGUUUUUUGUAUUCCACGGUGGGAUGAAAUGCACUCACAGGCUGUACGUUCCCCACCCCUGCUUUAAACCAAUGACUUGUGUUGCGUGGCUCUUUCACAGCAUGUGGUGUCCAUGAAGUAAAAAUGUACGUGUGCUGUGUGCGCGCGUGUACUCGUACGGGAUUUGCAGUACUGUCGUGUUAUCUGUUAUCAUCAAAAGCCCCAGUAGACGUUUGUUGUCUUAUGCAGAGGCCAAUAUGGCCUCCCGUCUUCUUAACUGCCUCCAGUGCUGAUGUCAUGUGUACUCUCCUUUUAAGAAAUACACUGUAAAUAGAAUCUCCAAAGACCAAAAUACACAUCAGCCACGUGCCUUGUUGCAUUCAGUAGUUAUAUGUGUAUUGGUAACUCUUCUUAACUAACUGGACUUGCAGUAAUACUGUUGAAUUGGAUUUUAUGCUAUUCUUUCUUAAUGACCUAUACUGUGUGUUUUUAUCCAAUUUCUUACCGUGUGUAUGUAUAGAAAGAUUUUCUAUUUUGUACUUUUGUCUUUUCCUCCUGAUUAAAAAGAAAUACUUUUUGAAAACAAA